AUGCGCCUGGCCGAAAUUAAGGAGAAGCAGGGAACUCUUGAGCGAGAGCUCGAGCGGGAUGUCGCAAAGUCUACAAAUUCGAAGAACACGCUGCAACAGCGCAUCCUAGCAGACGAUAUUGCAGGCGACUUUGAUGAGGAACGCGAUUUAGAGGCUACACCCCUCGCAGCACUAGACGUGACAUACGAGGACGAUAUCGACGGGGCAGGCGACAUGAUAGAUCUGGGAAUCCAAAUAGGAAAAAUGCGUAUCACUGAAAGGAUAGGCGGACUUUCGCGACCUAGGAUAUCAGAAGAGAUAGCAGCAGGCAUAUCAGGGUCGCAGCCCCCGGGCCUACAACCUCCAAACGGAGGCCAGACGCCCGGAAUUGAUGACUUGCCUGAUUUCCUUAAGCCAGGAGAUCAAUACAUAGUGCCAACCAGUGGAUUCUUCUUCGGCCAAAUAGGGGAGCCACCGACCAUCCUCCAAUUCUUGCCGCCUAGGCCCGUCGCAGAUUGGUUGAUGAAGCAAUACUUCAUUGCCGUUCAUCCGAUUGCUCCUUGCGCCCAUCGCCCAUCGUUGGAAGCCACUUACGCGACUUUCUGGGAAGAGAUAAAUGCAGGGUUCGAGCCCCGGCCUUCGAUGCAAGCUAUCAUUUUCGGGGCCAUGUUUAGCGGUGCUGUUAGCAUAGAUGAGAACGCCGUGUUUCCUGAGUCGGCUGGAUACUCGAGAGCGUAUUGGGUUACCAGCCUUAAGCUAGGUACCGAAAGCGCUUUAAGCAAGGCAAACUUUCUGCGGACUACUAAGGUGGAAACGAUGCAGGCGUUUAUCAUGUACAUGAUUCCCCUAUGCAGAGGUGAGGUGUCGAGAGCCCAUUCGGUGCUCGUUGGUGCUGCGGCACGAAUGGCUGAGUGUAUGGGUUUACACCGUGAUGGGGAUGCAUACGGGCUCACACCUCUCGAAACUCACGUUCGUCGUUUGAUCUGGCACCAGCUAUGCUUUCUCGACGUUCGGACUUGUGAGGCUCAGGGGCCCAAGCCGGUUAUCAGGCGAGACGAUUACGACACAAAAUUACCUAUAAAUUGUAACGAGGAUGAACUUACGCACGCAGUUGUACCCCCCGAAUCAUCGGAUGAAUGGACUGCUAACACACUUCCCUUGAUCCGAUUUGAGAUUAGUGAGAUGAUGCGCAUUAUAUGGAUCGAUAGACGGAGGCUUGAGACUCACCGAACCACGUUAACUGCCGUGCUCACUAAAAUCGAAAAUUUCCGUAGGAGAAUGUCGGAAAAAUACGAUCACCUCCUGGAUGUUACGCAACCUAUGCAAAGAUAUGCCAAAUGCGUGAUGUAUCUAUUAACCUAUCGCCUACACGUCAUGGUCCUCCACCCUUACCACUCUAACGCUGCCAACCCGAUGCCUCCACGACUAAACCAGCUCCUCAUUACUUCCGGCAUUAUGAUCGUCGAGCUUGCGAUUCAACUCGAGACUAAUCCCAAUUUUCACGAAUGGGCAUGGUAUUUAGGUGCUUUCUUCCAAUAUCAGAUUGCGUUGCUGCUGGCAACUGAAGUCUACUUUCGUCCGCAGUCUCGCGAGGCAGACCGAAUAUGGACAUGCUUAGAUUAUGUCUUCAGCAUGGAUCGUAGGCUUCCACCAGAAGCUAAAGCCAUACAACUUCUUUCCGAAAUACAGGGCAAGACGGCAGUAUAUAUGCGCAUGCGCAAAAUGCGCGGGCCGACAAGUCUCUCACGGGCCGCCCCGGGGCAAAAUGCAGUCGCGGGAACCGGUAAGCCGGCCCCGGCUGUACAGAACCAUACCCGGCAGCCGCCUGUGGGAAUGGAUGUGCCGAAAGUUGAGCCAGGGUAUACUCCUCCGCUUUCGAAUGGACCUCCAGUACCGCAACAGCAAAUGGUUUUUGCUGGCGUUUCUGAUGGGCAAGCCUUGUGGAGCUUGCCGCCGAGCCACUCGAGCCCGGGAAAUAGCGAUUCGUCGAAUGCAGAUCAAGGAGGCCCAAGAGUCAUCAUGUCGGCCGUAAGGGGAGGAGCAGGGACGGCACAGGGUAGUGUCAUGGAUACUAUCGAUUGGGAUACUAUCAAUAACCUCUUUCCUAACGAUCCGCAGACGGGCGGACUGAGCGUACAUGGGUUUCACGAUCCCAAUUUUACCAUUGCGAGUUGGUGUGGCUAG